GAAGAAGAAGACACCGAAGUAAACAGACCUCACGUGGCGGCGGGAACCUGGAGGUGUUUUUGUCUCUGAAGUUUUCUCCUCCGGUCCUGCAGCUCCAUCAUGAUCCCCGCUGCCGCUCCCGGUCGGGCUCGGAAGAACGGCCCGCCGGUGUUCAGCCUGAUGGGAAAGUGCGUCGUUUCCGGGUGUCCGAACCGCAUGGCCAGCUUCAACCGGGGCGUGUUGAACCGGGCACCGAAAAGGUUCUUCAAGUUCCCCUCCAACCCGAACCGGGUCAAGGUGUGGCUGGCGGCGCUCAGGGAGACGGACAAGGACCCGGCGGAGCAGCACAUCAUCUGUGAGGACCACUUCCUGCCGGAGGACGUGUCCAGAACCGGCAUCAGCAGCGACGCCAUUCCCGUCAUGCCGCCGUACCUGGACGGGCCGCGGCGCCUGAUUGGUUCUCUGACCGGCGACUCCCUGGAGGAGGAGGAGCAGUGGUGGAGCGGAGGCGGGGAUAACGAGGAUGAGGAGGAGGGUGAAGAGGAGGCUCCCCGUGCCCCAGAGCCACCGCAGCAGAAUCCGAGCAGAAGUCCUGAGAACCCGUCGGAGCCGAACGUGAACAGCUGUUUGUCUUCCUGCAGCGACUUCGCUCCUGAAAACGAAGCAGGCGGCGGGAUCAUCAGAGAAGGUACUCCUCUGUCCGGGCUCACGCGGGGCUUCCUGGAGCUGCUGAUGGCCGCUCCAGACGCCUCGGUGGACGUCAGGGAGGCAGCAGCCAAACUCCAGACCUACACACGCCGAGUCCACGCCAUCAUCGACGUCCUGCUGGGGAUCGGACUCGUCCAGCGGGACUCUGAUAACCGGGUCAGGUGGAUAGGAAGCGGUCCCAUCUACAGCUUCCUGUGGAGGGACACGCUGAAGUUCCUGACGAUGCUGCAGAGGCUGAAGGCCAUGGAGGACGAGCUGGACCGCAUCUUUAAAAGCUGCGCUCAGCAGCUCUUUGAGCUGACGGAGAACCAGGAGAACUCUGCGCUGGCCUACGUCGGCUGCGACGACAUCCGCCGCCUCAGAGACUUCCAGCAGCAGACGAUGAUCAUCAUCAGAUCGCCGCCGGACACCAAGCUGAUCAUUCCUCCUCCUGCAGAGGACGGGAUCCGGAUGCAGCUGAACUCGGAGAACGGACCCAUCGUGGCGCUGACCUGUGACGGGGGACCUUUGACCUCUGAGCCCGCAAACAGCAGUAGGGUCUUCUCAGCCCUCGAGAGUCGCAUCCGGGUGUCCAGGAAGAACAAAGCGGAGAGCAAGAAGACGGCGAUCUAAGAAGAGGACGGACGGUCGGAGGCGGGACGCUGAGCGGCUGCAGGUAGAAUGAGGAGUUGAU